AUCAUUUCUCUCCCAGAAGAUAUAAACUUUGCGUGCCCUCCCCACAGGCUUUUCCCCGCCCGUCACUACUUGAGUCCUGCCUCUCUUCCUAGCGCGGCCGCGGCCCCGAGCCCACGCAGGAUCAUGGCGACUGCUGAGGUACUGAACAUUGGUAAAAAACUCUAUGAGGGUAAAACAAAAGAAGUCUAUGAAUUGUUAGAUAGUCCAGGAAAAGUCCUCCUGCAGUCCAAGGACCAGAUUACAGCAGGAAAUGCAGCCAGAAAGAAUCACCUGGAAGGAAAAGCUGCAAUCUCAAAUAAAAUUACCAGUUGUAUUUUUCAGUUGUUACAGGAAGCGGGCAUCAAAACUGCUUUCACCAGAAAAUGUGGGGAGACGGCUUUCAUUGCACCUAAGUGUGAAAUGAUUCCAAUUGAAUGGGUUUGUAGAAGAAUAGCAACUGGUUCUUUUGUCAAAAGAAAUCCUGGUGUCAAGGAAGGAUAUAAGUUUUACCCACCUAAAGUGGAGAUGUUUUUCAAGGAUGAUGCCAAUAAUGAUCCACAGUGGUCUGAGGAACAGCUAAUUGCUGCAAAAUUUUGCUUUGCUGGACUUAUUAUAGGCCAAACCGAAGUGGAUAUCAUGAGUCAUGCUACACAGGCUAUUUUUGAAAUACUGGAGAAAUCCUGGUUGCCCCAGAACUGUACUCUGGUCGAUAUGAAGAUUGAAUUUGGUGUUGAUGUAACCACCAAAGAAAUUGUUCUUGCUGAUGUUAUUGAUAAUGAUUCCUGGAGACUCUGGCCAUCAGGAGAUCGAAGCCAACAGAAAGACAAACAGUCAUAUCGUGAUCUCAAGGAAGUAACUCCUGAAGGGCUCCAGAUGGUAAAGAAAAAUUUUGAGUGGGUUGCAGAAAGAGUAGAGUUGCUUCUGAAACCAGAAAGUCAGUGCAGAGUUGUAGUCUUGAUGGGCUCAACUUCUGAUCUCGGUCACUGUGAAAAGAUCAAGAAGGCUUGUGGAAAUUUUGGCAUUCCAUGUGAACUUCGGAUAACAUCUGCCCAUAAAGGGCCAGAUGAAACACUGAGGAUUAAAGCUGAGUAUGAAGGGGAUAGCAUUCCCACUGUGUUUGUGGCAGUGGCAGGCAGAAGCAAUGGUUUAGGACCGGUGAUGUCGGGUAACACUGCAUAUCCCGUUAUCAGCUGUCCUCCUCUCACUCCAGACUGGGGAGCUCAGGAUGUAUGGUCUUCUCUUCGACUACCCAGUGGUCUUGGCUGUUCAACCAUACUUUCUCCAGAAGGAUCAGCUCAGUUUGCUGCUCAGAUAUUUGGAUUAAACAACCACUUGGUGUGGGCCAAACUGCGAGCAAGUAUAUUGAACACAUGGAUUUCCUUGAAGCAGGCUGACAAGAAAAUCAGAGAGGGCAACUUAUAAGAAAGAACAUCAUUGCAUUUUUUAGGCAAAAAACUAUAAAUUUCUAGUUUAGCUACAGGAAAAAAAAUCAAGAAGAUGAAAAGAUUUUAAAUCAGAGCAAACAAAAUUUAUUAUUAGAUAAAUAUUUCUCUAGAUUCAUGGGUUAGUAGAAUAUAUGUACAAAUUUAUUAACAUUUCUUUAUAAGUAGUGAAAUUAUUCCAGUGGUCCAGGGGUUAAGAUUUAGCUCUCUCAUUGCCGAGGCCUGAGUUCAUUUCCUGGUCAGGGAACCACAUCAACCGUCAGUGGUCAUACUGUGGCAGCUGUGUGUUGCUGUGACGCUGAAAGCUAUGCCACUGGCAUUUCAAAUACCAGCAGGGUCACCCAUGGUGGACAGGUUUCAGCAGAGCUUCCAGACUAAGACACACUCCAGACUUCCAGACUCAAUAGAACUAACAAAGUGAAAUUACUGUAAGGACAUUUUAAAAUUAAUCUCUUUUACCCACUAUAUGGUCAUUGGUAGGUAGGUAACAUAAUCAAAUAUAUUCCUUAAAUGCUUAUAAUGCCCUAUUAUACAAGCUCUGAAGUUACUACUUGACCUUCUGUAUCUCAACUCAUAAGUUUUAGAAAGUUAAAAUGGUUAUAUCUUAGAAAGGGUGAUAAAAGCAAUACAGUCCUCUUUCACAUUAUCUUUAUAAAAUUCUAAGGGCAUGGUUUUUUAUUUGCAGUCAGUAUCAGAAAUGAUGUAUAUUUAUCUCUAGUUAGAGAUGAUGUUUUGUUUUGAUUUUGCUUUUUUUUAAGAAAAGCUGAGGCUGGCAUUAGGGAUAGGGAAGGCACACUAAGUAAGAUGAAGGGGCACUGUGGCAGCCAUAGAAAGGGGACUAUGUGGAGAACUUCUCUGAUGGGUGUAAGGACAAUUGCCCAUAGGAAAAAAAGUAGAGUCACCUUUCCCAUUCCAAGUAAAAGAUUUAGUACAUCUUACAAGGCUAUGGUGGGUGCCUCUGUGGAUCAUAAAAUUCUUUUAAUUCUGAUAAUACAUAUUUUAGCCACACUAAUAAUCCCCAGCCUUCCAUCAUUUUCAGAAAUUGGAAUCUCCCAGUUGAUAACCAUAACUACUUUCUUUUAAUAGUAUAAGUCUGGGCAGUGUACCCAGCAAGAUUCACUUCUAAAGGAGCAGUUGUUUCUGAGAGAUUGACUUAGCAUCAAGCUAUAAACCAUAUUUGGAAAUCACUUACAUUAUGCAGCCCUAAACAUUUUAUAGAUCACUAAACUUUAAUCAGAGGGUCUAUGAACCCCUUAAACUUACAUGUAAAAUUUUAUGUAUACGUUCACUUUUAUGAAAAGGGGACAACUGUAGUUUUUAUGAAAAGGAUCUGUGUCCCCCAAAAUGAUAAGAAUUUGCUACAGAUGAAAUUUCAAUAAAACCCUUGCCACUG